UUGUCUAUCAAAAUGGCACACUUUUCAAGCGAUCACAAUAAAAAAUAAGACGCAACAGAUUUUGAACAGGAUGAAUUUAUCAAAACAGAUUGUUUACUAUUGAAGGUUUCGCAAGAGGCGCAUUGAAAUGACUACGCUAAAACAGGCAGAGCAUUGAAUUAUAUGGGCACGCUAAAUUUAAUUUCAUGCUGUCAUGUUUAUCGACAUGAUUAAAUGAUUAGGUUUACACUGCAUAAAUCAAAUAUAAUUUGAUUUAUUCCAGUAUAUUUUUUACUUUUAAUAUUUGUAAUUUACAAAUAAAAUAUGUUAAGAAAUGUUACAUACACUAAGCAAAUCAAUUCGUACCUUUAAAAUAAGGAUUGUACAAGUACGAGGAUUUAUAUUGUUUUUUUGAGUUACAAAUAAUAUAUAUUUUUUAGAAUAUUUUCUGUUGAUAGAAAAAACCUAAUGUACUAUCUGCGUAGAAAUUUAUUAAUAAAUAUAAUACCUAUCAACUAGAGAAACAUUGUCAAAUUAUGCAAUACUAAGAAUUCGUAGGUCGGUCACAAACUGGUACAGUACCUGUUAUUCUCUAAGUUUGUUAUUAUCUCUCGUUGGAGCUCUGAACAUAAAAUGCUAUUGCACAAUAUAACAACUUAAAAAAUAUUUAUGAAAUAAUAAUAAUAGGUCACUUGUUAUGAGCCAUUUGAAAACAUUUGCAAAAGCACAUGAAUUUGAAUCAGUAAUGUAAAUUAAUUUAAGUGACCUUAUAGGAUCACUUUCUCUGUCCGUCUGUCUGUCUAUCAAGACCCUUUAUCUCGGGAACGCGUGAAGGUAUCGAAUUUUACCCAAGACCUUAUAGACCAAGGGCUGUAGACCAUAUACUCAGGUCUACAGCCCCUCGAAGCUGUGACAAUACAAAACUAUUUAUGCCGCAAAAAACGUAUAUUUCGACACUCUCAAAGAAAUCAGAAUUUAUAGGGUAUUUCCCGUUGACCUAGAACUAAGAAAUUAGGCAAGUAAUAUCGUCUUAUACUACUAUAAGUAUAGGGACAAAUCUGAAAACUAUACAGUAUAUACAGAAUAUAUACAGAAUUCUAGAAAGUAAACGUAAAAGAAGUAAACUUUGCAUAGCGAAGGUAAACUGUACAUAAAGAGAAAUAAUAUAAACAUCAACAAGUCUCUAAUAAUUUUAUCACUGACGAGAGUAGGAGCACACAAGUUUAUUUUUUACUUCGAUCGAAACAAUAAUCCAGGAAAUUAGAUUUAAUUGCACGUGGGCUCCUACAUUUAUUACUGCAUUUUUAGUUUGAUGUUUUGUUGCAAGCAAGUUACGUCGCAAAAGAGAAAAUGUUAUUGCUAACUAUAAUAUCCUCAGCUUUUUUUAUACUUUUUUUGAUAUGGUACUACGGAAAGCGACCUUUAAGUUACUGGAAAAGAGAAAAGGGCGUUAAACAGGGUGACCCUUGCAUAUUUCUGGGGGAUACUUCUCAGACGACUUUACAAAGAAUGUCUUUGUAUGAAUUCGUGCAACAUGCUUACAAAAUGUUUCCCAAUGAACGAUAUUCUGGAAUGUACCUUUUUACUAAACCUGUUCUGUUGAUCCGUGAUCCAGAACUGAUCAAACUGAUCACGGUUAAGGAUUUUGAUCAUUUUGCCGAUCACAAUAUAGCGAUCGAAGCCGAUGUGGACCCCCUAUGGGGUGGAAAUCUCUUAGCAUUAAAAGGUCAAAAAUGGCGUCACAUGAGAACAACUAUCAGCCCUUUCUUCACUAUCAGUAAAAUCAAGAUAAUGACCGGUCUGAUGACAAAUACAGCUGAAAAUUUUGUUAAUUAUUUCUGGAAAAAAGAAGAAAAUGUAGUCGAAGUGGAAUUAAAAGAUAUUUAUACACGGUACGCAACAGACGUUAUUGGUUCCACUGUUUUCGGUAUUAACGUCGACUCGUUAGAAAAUCCAAAAAACGAAUUUUAUCAAACGGCUUACGAUAUUACAAUGAAAAACGGAGUAUUAAAACUGCUGAAGCUAUUAGCAUAUAUUCUUGCACCUGGUUUAUGCAAAUUUUUUGGUGUUAGACUUAUUGAAAGAGAUAUAUUUGAUUACUUUUGCAAUAUAAUCUCAGAAGGAAUGAAGAUGAGGAAGGAACAAGGGUUAACUAGGCCUGAUCUAAUCAAUUUAUUUGUAGAACCGAGGAAAGCAAAUAAACCUGUAGAAAAGGAACCAGAUAUUUUAUUAGAUGAUGAUAUGGAUCAGUGUAGUCAAGACCCUCACAGGGAAUUCACAAAUGCGGAAAUAACAACGCAAGCUCUAAUUUUCUUCUUUGCUGGCUUCGAUACGGUAUCUACGGCCCUCUGUUUUGCUACAUAUGAACUGGCUAUUAAUCCAAUUAUACAGAGCAAGUUAAGGGAUGAAAUCAACCGUGUUUGGACGAAAACUAAAGGAAAUAUUAAUUAUGAACUGAUUUCAGACAUGAAAUACUUGGAUAUGGUUCUUUCAGAAAUUUUAAGAAAGUGGCCUCCAGCAGUGCUUCUUGAUCGUUACUGCACAAAAUCUUACACCGUUCAGGCUACAAAUUCAAAAGAACAACGUAUGACCAUCGAUCGAGGUCAAAUGAUUUGGAUCCCUGUCCAGGGUAUCCAUAUGAACCCUGAUUAUUAUCCAGAUCCAGAAAAGCUGGAUCCUGAACGGUUUUCUGACGAGAAUAAAAGCAAAUUAUUUCCUUAUACUUACCUGCCCUUUGGUAUUGGACCAAGAAAUUGUAUUGGCAUGAGGUACGCUCUUUUGGAAAUUAAAAUUUUGCUGGUACAGUUAUUGCACCGUUUUGAGAUAGUUCAGAUUGAUAAAUCAGUUGUUCCAGUAAAGUUAAAGAAAUCUGGAAUAUAUCAUAGUGCAGAUGGAGGAUUUUGGUUUGGAUUCAAAAGAUUACAUUUAUGAAUAAGUGCUUUGUUGUGUAUCAUUAAGAGUUAUCUGUAAUAUAUUUUCUUUUUCUAGACUUUGUUGUAUUCGAUAUCAGUUUAAUUAUCUAUAAAUAAAAAAUAUGAAAUUUUGAAAAGGGUACAAAAUAAAAAUAAAUGGGUUAUAUAAAUUAAUUUGUCGGAUUGCAAUAAA